GGAAAAAAUAGGUGUUCCAGUCCCUCCAGUUCCUUGCCAUGAAAAGGAGGAUAUGAUAGUUUGCCCUAUGAAACUGGUUUAUAUGUGAAAUCUGGCAGGUAGCACAACGACCUGUGGAAUAUGAGUGAUGACAAACCCUUUUUAUGCACUGCCCCUGGAUGUGGCCAGCGUUUUACCAAUGAGGAUCAUUUGGCUGUCCAUAAACAUAAACAUGAGAUGACACUGAAAUUUGGUCCGGCUCGUAAUGAUAGUGUCAUUGUGGCUGAUCAGACACCGACACCAACUCGAUUCUUGAAGAACUGUGAAGAAGUGGGCUUAUUCAAUGAAUUAGCAAGUCCUUUUGAAAAUGAGUUUAAAAAGGCUUCUGAAGAUGACAUUAAGAAAAUGCCUCUAGAUCUGUCUCCUCUUGCAACACCAAUUAUAAGAAAUAAAAUAGAAGAACCUUCCGUUGUAGAGACAACUCAUCAAGAUAGUCCUUUACCUCAUCCAGAGUCUACAACCAAUGAUGAAAAGGAAGUGUCACUGCAGCAGACCGCACAGCCUACAUCAACAAUAGUUCGUCCAGCGUCGCUACAGGUUCCUAACGUACUACUUACGAGCUCUGACUCCAGUGUUAUUAUUCAGCAGGCAAUACCAUCACCAACAUCUAGUACUGUUAUUACCCAGGCUCCAUCCUCUAACAGACCAAUAGUUCCAGUUCCAGGUCCUUUUCCUCUGCUGUUACAUCUUCCUAAUGGACAAACCAUGCCUGUUGCUAUUCCUGCAUCUAUCACAAAUUCUAAUGUGCAUGUCCCUGCUGCAGUUCCACUUGUUAGACCUGUCACCAUGGUGCCUAGUAUCCCAGGAAUCCCAGGGCCUUCCUCCCCACAGCCAGUGCAGUCUGAGGCUAAAUUGAGGUUGAAAGCAGCCUUGACCCAGCAGCACCCUCAGGUAACAAAUGGAGAUACUGCCAAGGGCCAUCCAAGUGGGUUGGUUAGGACUCAGUCAGAGGAGCCACGACCACAGUCACUACAACAACCUGCAACUUCAACAACUGAAACACCGGCAUCACCAGCUCAGCCUACGCCACAAACACCAAAUACAGGUGGUCGUCGAAGAAGAGCUGCCAAUGAAGACCCUGACGAGAAAAGAAGAAAGUUCCUGGAGAGAAACCGGGCUGCUGCUUCCAGAUGCCGACAGAAACGGAAAGUCUGGGUGCAGUCGUUGGAGAAAAAAGCUGAGGACCUGAGCUCGCUAAAUGGCCAGUUACAGAAUGAAGUCACCCUGCUGAGAAACGAAGUGGCACAGCUGAAACAGCUUCUUCUGGCUCAUAAAGAUUGCCCUGUAACCGCCAUGCAGAAGAAAUCUGGCUAUCAUACUGCAGAUAAAGAUGACAGUUCAGAGGACAUAUCAGUGCCAAGCAGUCCACACACGGAGGCCAUCCAGCACAGUUCUGUCAGCACAUCCAACGGUGUAAGCUCCACCUCCAAGGCAGAAGCGGUGGCCACCUCAGUUCUGACCCAGAUGGCAGACCAGAGCACAGAGCCUGUGCUUUCCCAGAUCGUCAUGGCGCCUCCCUCCCAGUCCCAGCCUUCAGGAAGUUGAUUAAAAACUUGCGUUGCAUCCGUUUUAGAUACACAUUUGUGACUUUAAAGGGAAAUCGACAACAGACCAGUCUCCAUCUAGGAGAAAUUGUAGCUUAAAAUUAUUCAUUUUUAAAAAUCCAACUUAAAUUUGGCUUUAAUGAUUGGCAGGUAAAGAUGAGACAGAACACCAGUUCUAGUUUCUCUGCAAAAGACUUCUUUCUUUUUAAGUAUUAGUUUUACUAGUUAUUUUUUUUUUUGUGCUUAAUGUGUAAAGUGUGUGUACAGUACAAUGUGGUUUAUUUCAUUUUUAAUUUGGUAUGAUUUCAGCAAACAUUGGGGUGAAUUACUAAAGGUCAUCCCCAAGACUGUGAUAGUAAUAUUAUGUGACAUUUUUAUACCAAAGUUCUGCAUAGUCCCUAUUGACUUUGUAACAUUAGCAAGGUCAUAAAGCACUAGGCAAGAGAAAGACAGUAACAGUCAAUUUGCUUUUAGUCUUUUUGCCUUUUUGUUGUUUUGCACAUAAUGAGAGGAAGAACAUUGGGAGGAAAACGUUUGGGUUGUUUUAUGUAUUGCAUUUUGGUUGGCUUUUUAACUGUUGGGGUUUUUAAUUUGUUCAAUAGGGCCAGUACAGUAUAUGAGAUACAGUACUCUUAUGCACAUACCUAUCCAGAUGAGGAUCAGUACUAAAGAGAUUUGACUUUUUUUUAAUUUCCAAUUGAUGUCAGGUGGUUUUUUUCCCUCCCUCCAAUACUUCCAUUCUGGGGGGAGGAGAGCUUUAUUUCUCCAGUCAGAAUAGGUGUCUAUAACUACCCUUUGUUGCUAGGCUGAAACCAGUAAGCAUAUUGUAAAAUACAGGGUUAUCAAAUAUGGAAUACUUAGUAUUCCAAAGUAGGUGGAUAUUUUGUGGAUUUUUGAGUCACAGACUAAGGAGUUUACCAUGGUUUUUGGAUGCCAGAAAAGCCUAAAAUCCUUCUUCAGACAACUCAAGACUUUUUUUUGUCAUUGUCUUGUAUUUGCAAGCUAACUUGUACUUAACUCUUGUGUAAGCACUGUCAUCUUUUAGUAGCAAAAAUUUUGAUACCUUUCUUGUG